AUGCAAGAGAAGGGUCCCCAUAUAAGCGCGUUCAAAUACCCUCAAUCAUAUCAGGUGCACCUCGAGGGCGGGCAGCUGAUGGAAAACUCUCUUCUGGCGACGGUUCUCUACUCUCUAUUACUUCUUGCCGCGUACCGCUAUGGCUUUGACGACGAUUUUUUCUCCAAUUGGCGCGGCUCUGUGACAUUCGUCUGCUUUGAUCUGUACGUGAACUUCCCGCUCGACCGAGAGGACGACUCCGCCCACCAACUGCAAGAAGAAAAGUGCAAGGCCACCCGUUCCAAAUGUUUUCAAACAUGUCUGCACUCUCAUCUUAUCUUUGUACCUAUUUUCACUCAGCCACAUCGUUAUCUUGUUUUCCCUUCUCUUUCUUCGGAUUCGGCCGACAAUCAUGUUGCAUCGCCCACUCCCGUACCCGAUGGCGGGUUGGAACCUGCAGCGCAGGCACCAUCCCUGCACUGA